AUGGGGUUGUACAAUGUUAGCGACGAAAAAUUCAGCGACUUCUAUAGCCGUGCCCUUGCUGUCGAUAGGAUUCCUGCACGAGACCUCGACAAAUCGGGCCACGGCGAGAUAACGCAGGUGUUUCGCUGUGGUAACUGCCCUGUGGCAACAAAGCUGAUGUGCACACUCUUGUCACCGGAGUGUUCGUGCCAGGCCAUCAGGCACACCUUUACAGUGCGCAAGUGCAACGCAAGAAAUAACAUGAAGUUUAAGUUGGUGCACGUCGUCCUCGUGAUUUCACUGGCCCACUUUUCAAGUGGCGAUGGGACCACCUAUAGUAGUACAGCGAAAGCUAAAGCAAUGCCUCCGAAAACAACCAGCGACGUCGCAUCAGCUCUGCUCACUCGCCUGGUGAGUGACGUGAUGAUGAACGCAAGUGACUCGAUGCGUGGCAGCACCAGCGUUCACGACCAGACGGACGCCAUACUCAGGGAGGCUGCGUCAAAACUCAAUGACAUGGGCUACCUGCUUGCCAGAAUGGGAGCCGCUCUGAAAAUUGGAGGCCGUCGUCUGCUAGACCUCGAAGGCCUCAUGAUCACCGUGUUCGGAGAAAAGAUGUUCAGGUUCAAGAAACAGAAGGCGUAUUUCUGGGUGUCCGACAUCGCACAGCUUGGUAACAGCACGGCUGAAAUUCGGCUUGCCCAAAUCACCGCCAAGAUCAUCAGCGCUUACGCAACGAGGGCCACAGCAUCCUCCAUAUUCGAGGCUGUCGAGCAAGUUGGCGAUAUUGUUGGCUCUACAGGUGACUCAUUGGAAGACGUCGCCACCAGGCUGGCUGGGAUUGGAGGAAAUGGCACAGUCGCUCCCCUGCCCAAGCAUGACUUGAACGAAUCAGCUGAAGCACUCAUACAGAAUAUCAUCGACAUCAUAGUGAAGCACGGCUCCAUGUAAAAUCUCUUCGCAAGAUUUACUAAGCUGUCCGAAUUUGAAUAAAAUUUAUUCGGUUUUCCAUGAAA